AUGGCCUGGCAAAAAUUACGUGUCAUCUUGAUUCUUGCUGCAGAUCAGAUAGUGUAGGCGAAAUGGAUCCUUGUUUUCAACCUGCUUCUUCAACUUUUGAUCUUUUCCACUCUGUUACCAGUUCGAUCGUAAUGUAAAGAAGGCCAUCGAAUUGACCAUUAUGUGCGCCUAACUUUGCUCUAGUCACCAUGGCCCUGGUGGCUGUGGGGCUGUGAGCGGCAGCCCUGAAGGUCGACUAGAGAAUCAGACCAAGGCUCUUGAAUCUCCUUGAUCAGACAGGAGUUCACAGACCAGGUGGGAUCUGUCUGCUGUCUAUAGAUGAAAUCAUCCUGUAGCAGGUCAGUGUGAAGAUUCUUCAAGUCUGAACAUCAGCAUUGGUUCAUCUGCUUCCAAGGAAGCAUUCUUCUGUGGUGUGAGACAACCUCUUUUAGCCACAUCUUAGUGAAAGGGAGAGCUAGAAGUAGAAGUCUACAACAAAGUGUAGUCUGAGUAGUCAACGACUGGAUCGGCUGAAGGAUUUCUUGAAAAGGUCCUGAUUUGAUACCGUUGUACCUUCAUGGUCACCUACCCUUCCUUCCUUUGAACAGUAUCACAAGCAAGACUGAGACAAGUGCUCUUGUAUUCCGGAAUAUACCCACCAAGGAUGAUGGAGCCGCUCUUGGGUUGGGAGUGCACUCCCCGUUGUCGCUCCCAGGAGCAUGGCCGGGACAUGGCUGCUGUUAUUACCUGCGGGACCACCCAUCAGAUCAAGACCUACAUCCUCUCCCACUGCCUCAACCCCUUCUUUGUAUCGGACUUCAAUGGAAGGAACCUGCUCCACGUAGCAGCCUCCUGUGGGAAGGUGGAGAUCGUAGAGUGGCUGCUGGCCAAAGGAGCAGACUGUCGUGUAAGGGACAAGGAGUCUGGUUGGACACCGCUGCAUAGGAGUCUCUUCUUUGGACAGAUCUCAUGUGCCAUCAGUCUGAUACGGCAUGGAGCAUCCUUGAAGCGAUAUGACAAGGAUGAGCUGACUCCAAUGGAGUUGCUGAUGAAGGACAAGCCAGCCUAUGUGACCUUUGACCCUGUGGAUCCUACUCAGGCCUACUCGUGGGGAACCAACUCUAACUUUAACUUGGGACAUGGCAGGCAGCGCAGCAGAGACCAGCCUGAGUUGGUCGACUCUCUAGCUGCAGGCAACCACAGUAUCAAACAGGUCGUAAUGUGCAAGUUCCACACGCUCUUCUUGACCCAUCAGGGACGAGUGCUGGCCUGUGGUCAUGGGCAGGGUGGUAGGCUAGGUCUUGGAGACGAGACGACCUGUCUCAGACCUCAGCUCCUCAAGUCACUCGGGGCUAGGUGUAAGAUGAUGGCUGGAGCUCGGGACCAUUCUGUCUUCCUCAUGGACAGUGGAAACGUGAUGUCCUGCGGUGAGAACGCAUAUCUUCAGCUUGGUCACUCAACCAUUGGUCAGAAGUGUUUGUUGCCCAAGACACUGGCCAGUAAAACCCUGAAGAACAAGGAGAUCAGAGGAAUAGCAGCUGGUCGCUUCCAUACGGUCGUCUACACUAGGGAGGCUGUGUUCACGUUAGGCUUGAAUGCCGGUCAGCUAGGUCACAAUAAGGGUGAGAAGUGCAUCGGAAGCCUUCACCAAGUAACGUCCCUCUCUCAUCCUAACAUCAUCAUCAAGGACGUGGUGACCAGUGAUGCGGCGACGGUCUGCUUGACCAAAGAUGGUGACAUCUACGUCCUCCAAGAAUACCAAUGCAGGAAGGUCGCAUCAAAUCACCUAUCUGUUAAGCAGCUGGCAGUAAUCGGUGGAUGUCUCAACGCCGAGUUGGCUGAAAACGUUUUAGAGAAACAAGGAGGAGAAGAACUGCACCUCCUUGCUCUUCAUUCAAACGGCAAGGUUUCUAGCUGGAGUAGGAGUGAUAAUUCCUGGAGACGCUGCGUGUGGACCCACCGUCGUCAGCUCUCCGUCGCCCAGAUAGCAUUCAAUGAGCAGAACAUGGUCUUUGUUACCUCAGAAGGGGAAGGAUUUCGUGCCAAAUUCAUCAGUGCCAAGAAAAAUGCAGCUGACAUACCCAGUAAGCCUGCCAUAGACAAAGGAUCAAAGGAAAGCAAAGAUGGGCGAAGUGAGCAGCUAGUCAGCGUAGAACGUCUGCCAGUUAUUCACAGAGCUACAGGUGUAGCCUGCGAUCCUAACGGAACAAACUUUGUUGUGUUGCAGUCAGAUCCUAGAACAAGUUUAACUGAGCUUCCUGAAAUGAGUGUUUCUGAGAUGGGAAGCCAUUUUAAACAGCUCAUGGUGGAGGCUGACUCCAUGGACAUGAUACAUGAUGUACUAAUCAAGAUUGACAAUCAUCGGCUUGCAGCUCAUAAGUACAUCCUUGCUUACGGCAGCGAGUACUUCAGCAAGAUCUUCACCGACCCUGAUGAACCUUCUUCAUCAGAGAACAACGGGAAGAUCUCCAACAAACCAGAAGUCCUCAUCGAUGACGAAGGAACAGCCAUCGUUGACCUCACCGACAUCAUCGACUACGAUAUCUUUCACAUCUUGGUGCAGUACCUGUACACUGGUACGUGUGAUGCGUUCCGUCCUGACUUUGAGCUUCGCAUCAACCCUUCUAAGCAGCAUGGCUCUGCUGACCAGAGAAGCAUAGAAUGUGACCCUGCUUCAGAGGAAACAUACGGCAGGGAAGAGCUGACAAUAAAUGAGAGAAAUCGUCACCAGUCUGCCCAUUCUGUGUAUAGGGAGCAUGGAAAGGGUGGAGAGGGGAAGAAGAAAGGGAAGAAGGGGCGUAAAAAGGGGAAGGGAGAGCCGUCGGAUCACCCCAAAGCUGAGAAACGUAAACCAUUAUCAGCUGUCAGACUGGUCGCAGAAGAAGCGAAGAAAUUUGGAAUCAAGUCUCUUGCCAAAAGAUUGGACAACGUCAAGUUUGUUGAUGGGAAACUGAUUAACUUUGGUCCUGCCCUGUUUCUGCUGAGCUUCAAUCCGAGCAGUCUCCGGCACCUGAGUGAUGUAGUGCUGAUGUCAGAGGAAGGAACUCUGUUUCCUUGUCAUAAAUGUGUUCUCUCAGCUCGUCUGGAUUACUUUCAGAACAUGCUGGGGAGCUGCUGGAUGGAGGCUUCUACUGAGGAGCCUCUGAAAAUGGCCAUGCCGGCUGCGAUCUUGGACCUGCUGUUGGACUACCUGUACAUGGACCAGGCCCCCAAGCUAGAUGGGUGCCAGGACCUAGAGAUAUUGUGUAACACUCUUGCCAUCGCAGACCAGCUCUUUGUAACCAGACUCAAGGAUAUUUGUGAAAUCACUUUGGUUGACCUCGUCACCUUGAGGAACGUAGCCGAGUUGCUACAGUUCGCGAGCAUGUACCAAGCCCUGCAGCUGAAGGCUAGCUGUCAUCAGUACAUCUGCCUGAACCUUGCCUGUCUGGUAGAGUCUGGUAGCCUGGAGCCUCUGGAUGAGCAUGUCCUGGAGGAACUCUCUGCAGCCUAUAAAGAAACUCUCCCAUACUCGAGAUUCAUCAAGCCUUCAAUGAAUGCCCCUGACAUCAGCCAUAUUGAUCCCUACCCUCCCGAAGAAGCUGCCUCCCACCAAGAUCCGUCUAGCUCUAGUGCACAACCCAAAUCCUCCAACCCUUCCUUGAAAGACUUUGAGGCCCUUGCUCGCAAGGCAAAGGCGAGGCGCAAGGGACGUCGACACACCAGCAGCACCGGGAAACACACCAGUGUGUCCGUUAGCGAGAGCUGCGAUGAUCCAAGCGUGGUCCAAGGAUCCAAGCACGAUGAUCCAAGCAUUGUCCAAGGAUCCAAGCCAGAUGAACCCUCCCAGUCUGAUUCCUGCAGUGAGGCCCUGCAGGAUGUGUUUGUCUCAUCUCCUGCAAGGGUGGUGUCUUUGAACCCAGAGGAUCAAAUUGCAAUAUCAUCUACCUCUGAAGAUCACGCUGGCAAUGAAGCAAUGAACCCGAUGUCUCCUGAUAAAGUGAUGACGGCAGAAAACAUUGAUGGGAUGUAUGUACUUGAAAGGAAACACAAAAGAGAAGACGGUUUGAAUUAUAUGGAUACUAAUAGAAAGGAGAGAAAGAAAGCAGGACAAACAACUCCUUUCAAGCUUACAGUACAGACAGGUGAUCAAGAGUGUCAGGGAGAGAAUAAUGGACCCUCUGGCAGUUCUAGGAUUUGGAGUUGGGCAAGCCCAAAGAGCCCAAUAACCGGUCUUCGGGAUAUCAUGCAGUCCCAGUCAGGUAUUAACAAACCCCAAGCCAGCUCGUACCCUGGGCCAACCAGUCCUCCAGCGCAGAUAGCAAGAGCACCACUGGUUGCCGCCACAUCACCCCUCCCGAUCUCCCCUACCCAGAGACCACAGCAUACUGCUGCCAGGGGCCACACCCCCCUCUCCCCAACACAGAGACCCCAGCAACCCUCUGUCAGGGGCCACACCCCCCUGGGGAAGAAGUCCCAGAAGCAGAGGAAGAAGGAGAUGCAAGCUGCUCUGAUAGGGGGAGGGGUGGAUGAGAAGAGGACUGGGGGCGGGGAUGGGACGGAUGGACAGGUGGUAGGAGACCACAACCCUGUGACUUGCCCCUGGGCCAAUGUGGCGCCACGUCAGCCAUCUCAAGUCUCUUUUCGUGAGCUCCAAGCUCAAGAUGAAGAUGUUGAAUCUAUCUGGGAUCCCGUCCCAUCUUCAUCACCAGAUAAGAAAACUUUCUCUGCAUCAAGGAAAAUAAGUUUUGGACUAGCCACCCCCUCAUCAUCAUCUCAAAGACUUCAGGAUCCAGAGAUCACAUCCACCAGUGGACCAGCUUCCCCUGAGAGCCCUAAAGAAAUCAUCAAUCCGUGGCAGAGGAGUGGUGCUGUGUCUCCUCCUACACCGUCUGUCAAGUUCUCAGAUAUCAUCAGAGCUGAAUCAGAACAGAAGCACUUCCUUGAUAGAGCCAAGAACAAGACUCUAGCACAGAUUCAGAUUGAAGAGAGAGCCAUAGAGGAGCUGUAUAACCUACACAGAGGUGCUCAUAAACCAGAUGAAUACAUCACAGUAGGGAGAGUUCAACAUGUUGUGGCCACGCCCCUCUGGAAGAAGAAAUCAGAAGACAGAUGAUAGUGACUUAAUCACACUCUAUCUCAGAGGACACUCCUUCAGCCAAAGAGUUAUUGGAACAAUCUUCUUCAGUCUGCGGUCACAGCACCAAGUUUAAAUAACUUCAAAAGAUUACCUGAUAAUUAUUGGUCUAAAUUGCAGUAUGUUGUGCAUGAUCCAUCUCUCUAGUGUGCCCUCAAAGUUGUUUUCGUCUGUUAAUCACAACCAUAAAGAAAUAGCGACCGGAAGACCAACAGGACUACCUUUUCUUCCGUAUACUGUUUAUGUUAAUGUGACUUUAGGCUCAUUCAGAUAUGAUGCAGUGAACCAGUAAAUAUAAACAUAUAACAGCUAGGAAAUUUGUGAGUGUAAUAAUACGUAAUUUCAAAAUUCUGACACCUUAUAUUUGAAGUUAUUAUUUUUUGUUAUCAAGAAUUUUUACUUCAUUAUUUAACCACAAACUUCAAUAACACACUAUUAGAUGAAGUGGUCGACACUUGGUCCUCUAUAAUUCAGUGAACAAACUACAUGUACAAUUGUAUGUGCACAGCAUAUGGAUUAAGACCAGGAAGAAGGUUUGUUGGUCCAGAUAGUUUUGGGCAAGACCAAAAUCUUUUGUUCCGUAUGUCACCGUCAACAGUAUACCGGCAGAUUGUAAAAAGUUAAUAAUCCUGUGCCAAAGCUGAGGUCAGACCUAUUAUCAAGAAAAAAUAUUGUUGCAAUAUAUAUUAUUCCAUGAAACGAGGUAACAUAUAAGACACGGAAUGACAAAAUUCUUUGGCCUUGUAUCAUCCAAAGGGUUUAUAGUAUAGUAGCACUGUAUAGGAAGAAAUAGUCAGCUCCAAUAUGGGAUGUUCAUGUAGGCCUUUACGAUGUGCCCUGCCUCUUGCCUCCUGUUUUGCAAUGAGUACAAAUCUUGCUGAAUUUCUUUUAACAUCAUCAU